AUGGCUUCCAGCGCUUUGACUAAACCUCAGAUGUGGGGUCUUCUGGCCACGCACCUGCGGUUUCAUAUCAUUGGGGCAUUCACGGUUGCCCUGGGGGUUGCAGCUCUCUAUAAGUUUGGUGUGGCUGAACCAAGAAAGAAGGCAUAUGCAGAUUUCUACAGAAAUUAUGAUUCCAUGAAAGAUUUUGAGGAGAUGAGGAGGGCUGGAAUCUUUCAGAGUGCAAAGUGAUUUUGGAAUA